CUUGCCUGGUGGACGGACGGUAAAGGCUGUUACUCUGAGCGAGCUCGACUGCAGCCUCUCGGCUACAAACAGACGUGAUUCAAAUUUAAAAAGGAGCAAGAAAGCUGAGGAAUUGACAGUAAAUUAGCGCUUCAGAAAGUGAGCUGAUUGAGGCGAACCUGAGCAGAAAUGGAAAUGAGCGGAGAAAUGUAAUAUGUUGCUUAAAAUGCCCAAUGUGUGAUUGAGGGAGAUAAAUGGCGUCUAAAGUGACAGAUGCUAUAGUGUGGUAUCAAAAAAAGAUUGGGGCUUAUGAUCAACAAAUAUGGGAGAAAUCUGUAGAACAAAGAGAGAUCAAGGGCAUGAAGAACAAACCAAAGAAAACUGGCCACGUAAAGCCAGACCUCAUAGAUGUUGAUCUUGUAAGGGGAUCUGCUUUUGCUAAAGCAAAACCUGAAAGUCCAUGGACUUCAUUAACUAGAAAAGGAAUUGUGAGAGUUGUGUUUUUUCCAUUCUUCUUCAGAUGGUGGAUACAAGUGACCUCAAAGUGCAUCUUUUCGUGGCUACUUAUUUUAUACCUCCUUCAAGUUACAGCAAUAGUGUUGUUUUGCACAGCUGAAGUUACGCAUAGUGUACCAUACACUGAAGUUUUUGGGCCUAUCUGGCUGAUGUUACUACUUGGGACUGUUCAUUGCCAGAUUGUAUCAACACAUACGCCCAAACCUGCAACAAAUAGUGGAGGCAAAAGAAGAAGGAAAUUGCGGAAAGCAGCUCACCUGGAAGUACAUAGGGAAGGAGAUGGCUCUAGUACCACAGAUAAUACUCAGGAGGUGUACCACCAGUCUGGCACAGGCACCAACUACAGCAUUGGUGCAAUCUUGAGAGAGAUUUUGCAUGCCUUUUAUUUUCCAGGGUCAAAGAAAACCAAACUAUCAAUAGAUAAAUCAACAGAGACAGAUAAUGGCUAUGUUUCUUUGGAUGGAAGAGUGAGCAACAGAAGCCAUGAAGAUGGAAAGCUAUUUCAUACUGCCCACUGUGAAGUAGUGGGACCCGAAGAGUACAACUUGAUUAGAGGAACAGGAAGAAAUACACAUAUUCACAAAGAAGGACCUAGACCUGUCAUAAAUGUAUCAGAUGAUGUUUCAAGUGAUGAAGAUGGCGAGGCUGGAUCGCAAGCAUUCACGCAACGACGAUCUGGGGAACGAACUUCAAGUGACAGUGUAUUACGGAAUAGAAAAUCUCACCAGUAUAAAAGACACUACAUUCCUGAGGAGACUGCUAAAUCUGCUACUAGUUGUAGUUCACGCAGUUCUAGACAAGAUUCGGAAAGCACACGCCAUGAAUCAGAAACUGAAGAUGUAUUAUGGGAGGACCUUUUGCACUGUGCUGAAUGCCGCACUUCCUGCACUAGUGAGACUGAGGGAGAAAAUUCCCAUUUGAAUUCCUCAGGAAAAAAGGAAUACAGAGAUGAUCCAUUUCACCAGAGUCAUUUACCAUGGCUUCACAGUUCCAGUAUAAGUUUGGAAAGAGUAAGUGCAAUCGUCUGGGAAUGCAACGAAUGUAAGAAAGCUGAUAUGUCUGUGAUGGAAAUCAGUGGAAUGAUUAUGAAAAGAGUUAACAGCUACAAGCAAGGUAUUGGUUACCAGCUGUUUGGGAACUUGGUUUCUCUGAUUCUUGGCAUCACUCCAGUUUUGUUCAGACUCUUUCAGCAGAAGGAUGUGGAGCAACUAGUGUCACUCUCUGCUGCAGAACUAUUUUUCAUUGCAUUUGGUUCAAAUGUAAAUCAAACAGUUAUUAUGGUCGCAUUAAGCUUUGUGGUGCGUGUGUGCCUCAUGUGGAUUUUUUUCUUUAUGCUGUGUGUAGCCGAACGAACAUAUAAACAGAGAUUACUAUUUGCCAAACUUUUUGGCCAUUUAACCUCAGCAAGAAGAGCCAGAAAAUCUGAAGUUCCCCAUUUCCGUCUCAAGAAGGUGCAAAAUAUUAAAAUAUGGCUCUCGUUGCGUUCAUAUCUAAAGAGACGAGGUCCACAGCGAUCAGUAGAUGUAAUUGUUUCAUCUGCAUUCCUGUUGACUCUAUCUGUAGUAUUUAUUUGCUGUGCACAGCUGCUUCAUAUCCAUGAGACAUUCCUUGAUUUUCACUAUAACUGGGAGCUAGUGAUCUGGUGUAUCUCAUUAACAUUGUAUCUACUGAGAUUUGUCAUGCUAGGAUCUGAGACAAAUAACAAGUACAGCAAUACCUCGAUCUUACUGACAGAGCAGAUUAAUUUAUACUUGAAGAUGGAAAAGAAACCUAACAAAAAAGAAGAACUGAAUUUAGUGAACAAUGUUUUGAAGCUUGCAACCAAGUUGCUGAAGGAAUUGGACACCCCUUUUAGAUUAUAUGGAUUGACAAUGAAUCCGCUGCUGUACAACAUCACCCAGGUUGUGAUCCUUUCAGCUGUGUCUGGCGUUAUUAGUGAUCUGCUGGGUUUUAAUCUAAAGCUCUGGAAGAUAAAAUCCUAAUAUGCUGGAUUGGGAAUCAUAUCCACUUAGGACAAUUUCUUAAUGCAGGAAUCUGCCUCUACAGCUGACAUAUCGAAGUGCUUACAUCUACAACAUUUGUGCAAUUUAUAUUUUAUUUUAUCUGUUACGUGUUUCACUUUUUUGCACUUGUUUUUUUAGUUACCAACCUAUUUUGAUUUACAAGUAUUAUUCUGUGGUCAGUUUUUAUUAAGGAAAUGUAUGUAGCAGGUCAAAGAAAAUAAAGAACAAAGCCUUUUGAUAUAUUCUAUUUACAGCAAUAAAGCUUUAUGCCUGCCAUUGUUAAAGGUGUUUUGAUAGAAACAACUUUAAAACGAGUAAGAAAUGUAUUUAUUCAAACAAUGGACUGGCAACACAGCUCCUGACUCUGCAUCUGCACUUUCUAAUGUGACAUUUUUUUUUAGUAUGAAAGUGAAACCUAGCUAUGAGAUCACUACAUACCUUUUUGUUUUUUUAAUUUAGAUGCUGUUAUGUUUAUUAAUGACUGAAGUGCAUUUUGAUGGAUGUAAUAAGACUAUUAUUACAGCUUUAAGUACGUAAUUGACCUGUUACCUAAAGCUAAACGCGGUACUUCUUUCAUUGUAUGCCUUUGAAAACAUUAAAACUUUGUUUUCAGUGCUGUAUGGAAAUGACCCAAGUUAUACUAGGUAGACAACGUAAUUACAGCAAUUUCACAGUGAACAUUUUGCCUGGUAAACAAUUCCACUCUGAUAAUGGUUGCUGCGUACAAUUGGCAUCAGAGUUUCUUACCAACUGGAGUAUAACUGGCAUUGCUUUUGAAGGAAUAAAUAUAUGACUAAGGUGCAAAGUU